CGGGAAGUGUUGCGCAGGCGCGUUUAGCAGAUUCGCUAGGUGGGUCGCUUUUGGAAGCGGCGACCCCGGCAUUUGGGGAGCCACGGAAGUCGUAUUCCCUUAAACCCUGCUUUGUUCCCCCUGUGGACAUGACCCCUUAGCUGGCAUUUUGCAUCCCAGUUGUUUUUGUGAUGGAGGCAUCUUUGGGGAUUCAGGUGGAUGAACCUAUGGCUUUUUCUCCCCUGCGUGACCGGUUACAGGCGGAUGGCUCAUUUAAAAAACAUGGACAGAAUUUUAAACUACCAGGUGUUAAAAAAGAUAUCGAGAAGCUUUAUGAAGCUGUACCACAGCUCAGUAAUAUGUUUAAGAUAAAGGACAAAAUUGGAGAAGGCACUUUCAGCUCUGUCUAUUUGGCCACAGCACAGUUACAAGUAGGACAUGAAGAGAAAAUUGCUCUAAAACACUUAAUUCCAACAAGUCAUCCUAUAAGAAUUGCAGCUGAACUUCAGUGCCUGACAGUGGCUGGGGGGCAAGACAAUGUCAUGGGAGUUAAAUACUGCUUUAGGAAAAAUGAUCAUGUGGUCAUUGCUAUGCCAUAUCUGGAGCAUGAGUCCUUUUUGGACAUCUUGAAUUCUCUCUCCUUUCAAGAAGUACGGGAAUAUAUGUUUAAUCUGUUCAAAGCUUUGAAACGCAUUCAUCAGUUUGGUAUUGUGCACCGUGAUGUUAAGCCCAGCAAUUUUUUAUAUAAUAGGCGCCUGAAAAAGUAUGCCUUGGUAGACUUUGGUUUGGCCCAAGGAACCCAUGAUACGAAAAUAGAGCUUCUCAAAUUUGUCCAGUCUGAAGCUCAGCAGGAAAGUCGUUCACAAAAUAAAUCCCAUGUUAUCACUGGAAACAAGAUUUCACUGAGUGGGCCAGCAGCACCUAAGGAGCUGGAGCAGCAGCCCACCACAAAAACUUCUGUUAAAAGGCCCUACACAAAUACACAAAUUCAGAUUAAACAAGGAAAAGAUGGAAAGGAUGGAUCUGUAGGCCUUUCUGUCCAGCGCUCUGUUUUUGGAGAAAGAAAUUUCAAUAUACACAGUUCCGUUUCACAUGAGAGCCCUGCAGUGAAACUUAUGAAGCAGUCAAAAACUGUGGAUGUACUAUCUAGAAAGUUAGCAACAAAAAAGAAGGCUGUUUCUACAAAGGUUAUGAAUAGUGUGAUGAAGAAAACUAUCAGUUCUUGCCCAGCUAGCCUGACCUGUGACUGUUAUGCAACAGAUAAAGUUUGCAGUAUUUGCCUUUCAAGGCGACAGCAGGUUGCCCCUAGGGCAGGUACACCAGGAUUCAGAGCGCCAGAGGUCUUGACAAAGUGCCCCAAUCAAACUACAGCAAUUGACAUGUGGUCUGCAGGUGUCAUAUUUCUUUCUUUGCUCAGUGGACGAUAUCCAUUUUAUAAAGCAAGUGAUGAUUUAACUGCUUUGGCUCAAAUUAUGACAAUUCGUGGAUCCAGAGAAACUAUCCAGGCUGCUAAAACUUUUGGCAAAUCAAUAUUAUGUAGCAAAGAAGUCCCCGCACAAGACUUGAGGAAACUCUGUGAGAAGCUCAGAGUCUCCUUGGAAAUUAUAUGGUGCUUUCAAACAGAGUUUCUGGGUGCUUUUUUAAAGAUUAUAUAUGGUUAUAGUUGGAAACUUAAAAUAAUGCAUAUGCUGGUUGAUAAAGGGAAUCCACAGGACCAAGGUAAAGAUUUAGUCCAAAAUUCUUUUUUCUCUCAAUGUGUAUGCUGUGUUUUUUUUUUAAAUACUGUCUUAGGUAUAAUUAGGUAGCUGCUAAAAGGAAGAAUGAACACAGACUUGAGAAUAUUACUGGAGACUUUUCCUCUGGAGCUGUCCAGAUUUCUGUAUUCUGUUUUGACUAAAUUGGUCCUGUUCAGAGAAAGUUGAUUACUGGAGUUUUGACUUGGGUGGGAAGAAAAUAGAUAGGCAAAGUAGAAAAGACCAAAGAGAAAGGUUUAUGUAUUACUAUAUUUCAAAAUGACAGCAUAUCAAACUUUCUAUGGGAAAUAAGUUGGAUGUGGCUCUGUCGAGAAGUUUUGUUUCAUUAGAAGUCAGAGUAAAGAACCAGCUUAGGGACGUAUAGCAUUCAUUCUAUUGAGCAU